AUGCCACCAAAGAAGAAGCAACAGCCAUCCGACAAGAACAAGGCCAAGGCAAAGGCCAAGUCUGCCGAAGACAAGACUUUCGGUAUGAAGAAUAAGAAUAAAUCAAAGAAAGUACAACAGCAAAUCAAUCAAUUACAAGCAGGUGUUGACGGUGGAGCAGCCAAGAGGAAAGAGGCCGAAGCCAAGAGGAAAGCCGAAGAAAAGAAGGCUGCUGAAGAGGCUAAAAGAGAAGCAGCAAAACUUUUCGGAAUACAACAGCAAAAAGUUCCCUUUGGAGUUGAUCCCAAGUCGAUAUUGUGUGAAUUUUUCAAACAAGGUGUUUGUAAUAAAGGAAACAAGUGUAAAUUUAGUCACGAUCCAAAUGUCGGGAGAAAAGAUGCCAAGAAGGAUUUGUAUACCGAUGCAAGAGAAGAGAAGGAACAAGAUACAAUGGACAACUGGGAUGAAGAGAAGUUGCGUAGUGUCAUUCUUUCGAAGCACGGUAAUCCAAAAACCACAACUGACAAGGUUUGUAAGUACUUUAUAGACGCGGUGGAGAAUGGAAAGUAUGGUUGGUUCUGGGUGUGUCCGAAUGGAGGUAAUGAAUGUAAGUAUAAGCACUCGUUGCCACCUGGAUUCGUAUUAAAGACAAAGGAGCAAAAGAAGUUGGAGAAACUAGCGGCAGAAAGCGCACCAAAGAUUACAUUAGAGGAGUUUUUAGAGUUGGAAAGAAGCAAGUUAGACAAGAGCACAUUUACACCCAUUACAGCAGAGACGUUCAAGAAAUGGAAGAUUGAACAAAAAUCAAAGAGGGAAGAUCAAAAGAAAGAGGAGGAAAAGAAGAGUGGGAAGAAACCACAAACUGGUAGGCAAGUUAUAUUGGAGAAGUUUUCCGACAAAUAUUACACGGAGGAAGACGAUGGUGGAGAGUCUUGGGACUUGUCUCAAUUCAGAUCAAACCUUCCUGACGAUAAUAUUAAAGAUUACGGAGAUGGAUCUAAUGUGGAGGAGAAUUACCAGGAUGAUGGAGAAGUGAAAGGAGAGGUCAAUGGAGAGGUCAAUGGAGAGGUCAAUGGAGAGGUCAAUGGAGAGGUCAAUGGAGAGGUCAAUGGAGAGGUCAAUGGAGAAGCCAAUGGAGAAGCCAAUGGAGAGGUAAAGGCUGAUGAUGCUUCUAAUGCUACUGAUGCUUCUGAGGCUCCCCAGGCUAAUGGGGACACGGGAAUUAGUGCUUGA